AAAGAACGAAUCGUUCGCAAACUGCACAUCACGAACACGUGUGCGACCAGAGCUACGGCCAGACAGGGCAGGAGCCUGAUAACAUUAAAGGCCGAGGAAUAAAAAGGGCAUUCACGGUUUAUUUUCUACUGUUGUGAAUGCAUUACAUGUCAUUUUUAUAGACUUGACUUUAACAAGGCACGCGGGGGACAGCGCGCAUGGUCGCACCACGCCACAGCUGACUGACAGAUGGCCAAUCGGAACUAGGAGUGAAGCGAAGAAACGAAGAAAGUUCUCGGUCUCGUGGGUCGUUGUAUGUUUAGCACCAAAGUGACUGAUCAAACACUAAAUAGAUUGUGUAUCAUGGCUGACUACUUGAUCAGUGGACAGACUGGUUACGUGCCCGAUGAUGGACUGAGCGGGCAGCAACUCUUCAACUGCGGGGACGGCCUUACGUACAAUGACUUCCUGAUUCUUCCAGGGUAUAUUGACUUCACAUCAGAACAGGUGGAUUUGACUUCAGCCCUGACAAAACAGAUCACCAUGAAAACGCCUUUUGUAUCCUCCCCUAUGGACACAGUCACAGAGUCAGCGCUGGCCAUUGCCAUGGCACUCACAGGAGGAAUAGGCUUUAUCCACCACAACUGCACUCCAGAGUUCCAGGCCAACGAGGUCCGCAAGGUCAAGCGGUACGAACAGGGUUUCAUCACAGACCCGGUAGUGAUGAGUCCUACAGACCGUGUGGCAGAUGUGUUCCAGGCCAAGGCACGCCACGGCUUCUGCGGCAUCCCCAUCACAGACAACGGCCACAUGGGGGGCCACCUCGUUGGCAUCAUCUCCUCGCGUGACAUUGACUUCCUGAAGGAGGAGGAGCACAUCCUGCCACUCAGUGAGGUGAUGACAAAGCUGGAGGACCUUGUCGUUGCUCCAGCUGGAGUGACACUAAAAGAGGCCAAUGAGAUCCUGCAGAGGAGUAAGAAAGGUAAGCUGCCCAUAGUGAACGAGGAGGGCUGCCUGGUGUCCAUCAUCGCCAGGACAGAUCUGAAGAAGAACAGGGACUUUCCCCUGGCCGCUAAAGACUCCCGCAAACAGUUGCUGUGUGGGGCAGCCAUCGGCACGCACAACGAUGACAAGUACAGACUGGACCUGCUGGUGCAGAGCGGAGUAGACGUGGUCGUACUGGACUCCUCUCAAGGGAACUCGAUCUUCCAAAUCGACAUGAUUAAGUACAUCAAAGAGAAAUACCCACCGCUUCAGGUCAUUGGAGGCAAUGUGGUAACUGCAGCCCAGGCCAAGAACCUGAUUGAUGCCGGGGUGGACGGCCUGCGCGUGGGCAUGGGCAGUGGCUCCAUCUGUAUCACACAGGAAGUGUUGGCAUGCGGGCGUCCCCAGGCCACCGCCGUGUACAAGGUGUCGGAGUACGCCCGUCGAUUCGGGGUGCCAGUCGUUGCCGACGGGGGCAUCCAGACCGUGGGGCACAUUGCCAAAGCCCUGGCACUGGGGGCAUCUACAGUGAUGAUGGGCUCUCUCCUGGCUGCCACCAGUGAGGCUCCAGGUGAAUACUUCUUCUCUGAUGGCAUCAGGCUGAAGAAGUACAGAGGCAUGGGCUCACUGGAUGCCAUGGACAAGAACCUGGGCUCCCAGACCAGAUACUUCAGUGAGUGUGACAAGAUUAAGGUGGCCCAGGGUGUGUCGGGGGCGGUCCAGGACAAGGGCUCCAUACAUAAGUUUAUUCCCUACCUGCUGGCUGGGAUCCAGCACUCCUGUCAAGACAUCGGAUCCAAGAGCCUCACCCAGCUCAGAGCCAUGAUGUAUUCUGGGGAUCUGAAGUUUGAGAAGAGGACGACAUCGGCCCAGAUGGAGGGAGGAGUCCACAGCAUGCACAGUUAUGAGAAGCGCUUGUUCUAAGGAAGAGAACACAGUAGUGUGCUGCAGACUUGUGUUCCUCAAGCAUACACACAUGCAAGCACAAACAACUACUUGCCAACCCAAAUCUGUCUGUGCCCUUGAGCAAGGCACUUAACACUAAUUGCUCCAGGGUCGCCGUUGAUAAUUGCAGACCCUGGCCGUGACCCCACUCUCCUAGUGUGUCUCAGGGAGAGUUGGGAUAUGCAAAAAUAAGUUUCUAAUUCACACAUGAGUAUUAAUACACACAUGUACAUGUGUGAAAUAGGAAAAAUAUUAGCACCCACAAUUAUUACACACUCACACAAGUGCUGGGCGAUUAGUUCUUUUUGAAGGUAGUUCCGGUUCGAUUAUGAAAAAAUAAAAUCGGUUUCGAUUAAUUUUUUUAAACAUUAAAUGCAUUAUGAAAUAAUGACAUUAAAAUGAUUUUAUAGCUUUUUAAUGGAAAUUCCAAAGCCAAACUAAAAAUAUUCCAUGGUCUCUUUCAGGUCCACAUUCGGUAGACAUCCAAAGAAAAACAUGAAAUAAUAUUUCAGUUGUGUAUAUUACUUACUUUUUAUUUGAUAACUUUAUUUUUCAUUCCUUAAAGUCAUCAUGUAUUACUUAGUCAUCCUAUUUAGCUAACCGGACUAAGCAUGCUGCAGAGCUGUCUGAUGUAAUCAUUUUACUAGUUAUUCAAAGUAGAUGAGGCAUACUUUCCCAAACUGUCUCUCUCUCAUUGUUGUGUUGUGCAGUAGCGGUAUAUGGGUAAAAUCACUGGGGAAGCCAAGCCAGCCAGGGAAAGAAAAUCCCAAAUAACCUAUAUGCUGUGAUAAUUGCGUUGUUUGCUCUAUAACCUGUUAGUUCACAUCCCUUGCCACCGUGAUAUAUAGGCCUAAAGGCCAAAACAAUAAGACAGUGGCAUAAUAAAUUAAACCACACCUAUUUCAUCACAAAACCAGAGAGCAACAUCUGUCCGGUGAAGUCCACAAAGCAUAUUGCAUGUAACAAACAAUUACAUGACCUACAGCAUAAUCAAGCACGUUAAUGUUAGUUUUUUUCUGCCAAUGACGUUUGGCUUAAUGUGGUGUGAAGCCAAAUCCACACUGGCUUCCCUUGACCCUUUUUUUUGGUGCGCCAGGACCAUUCACAGUUUAGAUCAAUGCUGAUUGGCUAAUAUUUUAUAUUAGGGAGGGCAAAUGCUCGCUGGCUUCCCUUGCAUUCAAUGCUACUGGUGGCAACAAUAUCAUAUUCUUUUUGACCAGACAGCAUCCGAUAGAUGGGCUAUAGAGACAGGAAAAUUAAACCGAUCUUUAUUUUUUUCAAUAUUUGGGGGAAGCCUAGCUUCCCUUGGCAUCCAUGAAUAGACACCACUCAUGUUGUGUAUAUUCCUUUUUCAUCCAGUCUGUGUGUAUCUAACCUAACGUAGCAGGCGUAAGUGUAUCCAUCUCUGUCCAAGCCGGAAAGAACAGGCGCAAUGGAUUAUGAUCCUUGUUGUUAAUUACCAAUUUUCUGCACUAAACUAUGUUGAAUAUUUGCUUAAUGAAAACUACAACACCCUUUCAGCACAGCAUUCCACAUAGUUCUUUACUUGAUUUCUCUCGUGAAUUAUUUUAUUUAUUUCCAGAGAAACGGCGUGUUGGGCUCUCACACAAAAAAAAGUUGGUUAAUCGCUCAGCACUAACACACACAAACAUAAAUGACCUUUAACCAUCCCUGACAAACAGACAGACAUGCUCUCCCAGACAGAGCAUGUCUGUUUGUCUAUCCGUCAGUACUGUGAUGGAGUGUUUUUGUGUAAUCAGAUGCCUCCCAUGUCCUUAUGAAAUGAACUGACUUUGAAAAAGUAAAAUAAAAAAAAGUUAACAUUUUCAACAAGCUU